CUAAUUACUGUGUAUUGACAUAGCAGAUACUUAAUAUUAAUGAGUCAUUUAGCAGAUGCUUUUAUCCAAAGCGACUUACAGAGACUAGGGGGGUGAACUCUGCAUCAUCAACAACUGCUGCUGCUGCAGAGUCACUUCCAAUAGGAGCUCGUUUGUUUGACGUCUCAUCCUGAAGGACGGAGCACAAGGAGGUUCAGUGACUUGCUCAGGGUCACACACACACAGGGAGUCAGUGGCUGCUGCAGAGUCACUUCCAAUAGGAGCUCGUUUGUUUGACGUCUCAUCCGAAGGACGGAGCACAAGGAGGUUCAGUGACUUGCUCAGGGUCACACACACACAGGGAGUCAGUGGCUGCUGCAGAGUCACUUCCAAUAGGAGCUUGUUUGUUUGACGUCUCAUCCUGAAGGACGGAGCACAAGGAGGUUCAGUGACUUGCUCAGGGUCACACACACACAGUGAGUCAGUGGCUGAGCCAGGAUUUCUUUAACCACUGGACCAGCAAGCCUCCUAUGUGUGCUUACACAUCAUUACAAUGUUAUUUUGCAGAGUUGCAAUGUACAUUAUGUGUCAUUUGUUUGCAUGAUAUAACCCUAACCCUAACCUUAACCUUAACCCUAACCCUAACCCUAACCCUAACCCUUACCCUAACCCUAACCUUUUAUGAUACUAUUGUGUCCUUACACUGUCUUGCAGAAAGAUUUUCACAUUAAGUGCAUUGUAACUCUGCAUAAUAACAUUGUAAUGAAGUGUGAGCACACAUGGAUUUACUCAGUAACUGCUAUGCUGACACAUAGCAAUUACUGAUGACCCAGACUCACAGCUUCUCACCUGAUGCUUCACUCUGCAGACCUGUGAAUAAAAACAGGAUGUGGGACAUAGCUUCUGCAGCAUUGCUUUCAUAUCUGCAGAUUCACAGUCUGCCGAGCAAAAGCUGAGCUUCGGUGAUCAGGACUUCAGGCAUGAAGGCGCUCCAUAGAUGGACUCUACUUUUGAGUAUUCUGAUGAAUCCAGUUGCAGCCAACAACGGAGAAACUGUCCGAUAUGGAGCCGAGGGGAAAUCAAUCCGUCUUGCUCUGAAUGGGUCCAAGGUUUUCAGUUCUGAAGAACUGAGCUGGUAUUUUAAAAACGGUACCGAGUUCCGCUUGGUGAAAUACAAGACUGGAUCAAAACUGGCCACGCCGUUGAGGGUGACUUUCAAUGAGUCAGAUCUGUCGUUGACGGUCAACCACUUAACGCUGCAAGAUAUCGGACUGUAUAUCGCUGUGCAAAUGAACAGCAAGGGCCAGCAGACCGUGUUAAUGCUCUACCGGCUUUAUGUGCAAGCUCCGGUGUCUAAACCUGUCAUCCAACCCUCAUCAGUCACCAAUGCAAGCGGUCUUUGCAACUAUACUCUGGUCUGCACUGUGGAGGAAGGUACGAAGGUCUCUAUAGAAUGGGCGUGGCCUGGAGUUAAUUCUACCCAGCCUGUUCUUUCCAAUGAGGGACGGACGCUGGAGUUCACUCAAGGCUCGGGUCGCGAUGAUCAAAUAGAUUUCUUCACCUGCUCUGCGUGGAAUGACGUGAGCAACGAAUCAACGACCAUCACGAAGGAGGAGUUAAGAUGCGACUGGGGAGAGCCUGAUUCAGCCUCUCUUCUUACCCUAACCACUCUACUGUGCCUGCCGUUACUGCUGGUGAUCACCCUGGUUCUCUAUAUGUGUGUCAUUCACAAGACGAAACCGAUAAGCACAGCUGACAGGUCGGUUUCCCCACCUGCACGAGCAGUAACCCCGGAUAUAACAACAGUGUACGCAGUUGCCGGCCACAAGCAUUCUUCCCCCGUGUAUGACGAUGUCGGGAGGUCCUGUUAUUCCGUUGUGAACCAUAACGCGUCUUUCAUCAACGCCAGAAACAUAGAAACUAUAUAUGAUAAUGUCAAUAACUUUGAAUCGACGUCAUUUAAAAACUGUUUGUAAUCUUAGCUUUUUUAAAAAAAAUAAAUUACUUGUGUCUUUUUUUUCAGUUCA